AAGUAAUCAAACUAACUAAACACAAAGCACAAUAUGGAUACAAAAAGGCAAACAUUGAUCCUUUUAUUAGUCUUAACAAUAUAUAUAUUUCCCUUCACUAUCAAAGCAUCAUCAAGUGGUGGCAUUGCCGUCUACUGGGGCCAAAACCUAGGAGAUGGCAACUUGACAUCAACAUGUGACACAGGUAAUUACGAGAUUGUACUCUUAGCUUUCCUCAAUGUCUUUGGAGGAGGAAGAGUCCCAAAUUGGAACUUUGCAGGCCAUUGUGGUGACUGGAGCCCUUGUACAAAACUCGAACCCGAAAUAAAACACUGUCAACAAAAAGGGAUCAAAGUUUUACUUUCGAUCGGAGGUGCAUCUGGAUCCUACUCCCUUAGCUCACCAGACGAUGCUAAAAAUGUUGCUGAUUACCUCUAUACUAACUUUCUUAGUGGUCAAUUUGGUCCACUUGGAAGUGUUACCUUAGAUGGUAUUGAUUUUGACAUUGAAGGAGGUAGCGAUCUUUACUGGGAUGACCUUGCUAGGAAUCUUGACAAUCUAAGACAACAAAACAGGUACUUUUACUUGGCAUCUGCACCCCAAUGUUUUAUGCCAGAUCACUACCUUGACAAAGCUAUCAAAACUGGCUUGUUUGAUUAUAUACUUGUUCAAUUCUACAAUAAUCCUCCAUGUCAAUAUGAUAUAAUAAACUCAGAUGCUACAUUGCUCUUACAAUCAUGGAAUGAUUGGACAUCUUUAGCUUUACCAAAUAAUACCGUUUUCAUGGGACUACCAGCAGCACCUGAUGCAGCUCCUUAUGGUGGUUAUAUACCACCAGAUGAUCUCAUUUCUAAGGUUCUUCCUUUCAUUAAACCAACUUCGAACUAUGGAGGAAUUAUGCUUUGGGAUAGAUUUCAUGAUGUUGGAAAUGAUUACAGCAAUCAGAUAAAGGAGUAUGUUAAACGAUCUGUUCUUCGAUUUGUGACACAAGUUUCUGAGGCAAUAGUUGGAUCUAUCUCGGCAGCUUUGAACUCCAUGUUUCCGAAUUAAAUCAUAUUAUAAAUUGAUAGUAAUCGCGUAGCUCACUAUAUAUAUAUAUAUGUAUGUGUAUGCAAUAAGACAAAACUCAGAUCCUCUACGACCAACUUUACGAUGGUUAUAGAUCGUUAGAUUAAGAAAAAAAAGUGAUCAGGAUCACUUAUUAUGCUUUGUACCUUUAUGCAUAAUAUGUACCUAGUUACACUUUGAUUCCCUCGGUUUUCAUGUAACCGGUGGGAAUCAAAACAUCUUAUGUAUGUACUGGAAGUCACUUUGAAAUUUGAAUAACAUUGUGCGUUUUCAACUUAAA